CCCCCGCGCCACUGGGGAGAGCGGGCGGGCGGGCAGACUGGAGUCGGUCCGAGUUGGCCGAAGCUGUUGCCAUGACAAGCGUUUUCUUAAGAAAGCUCCGCCGUUGAGACCAGCCGAGCUGGGGCGCGAGGGGGAAGGCGCGAACUUCCUGGGGAACCAUCCUUCCGAGGAGAGCAGGACCGGAGGCACCCGCCCAGCUCCCCCGCAGCAUUUGCUUCCAGGAACCUGAGGUCCUUCCCGGCGGGAGGGCCGGCGGAGGAGACCGGCCCGCUCCCGGGCAGCUGCAAAAAAAAUUUUUUAAAAAGGCUAGGGAGCAAGCCGGCAUCUCUAGCGUGGCUGCUCAUUGGGGAGACCAGUGGUCACCCCCGCCCUACCCUGUCCAUGGAACCCCGGAGGGAGAGUGCUGCUUGCAGAAGCCUGGAUCUUUGCUAGAAAGAAAGCGAGAGAUCCAGUUGUCAUUGGUAUCCAGGGAGCCCUCCUCCUCCUCCUGCUGCCUCUCUACCAUCGCAGUUCCUGGUUGUUGCUAAGGUUGCCUCCAUGGUAACAUGCGCAUGCUGUUUACACUUCCAUCUGGGCAAGCUGGUCUGAGCUAGGAACCUACCUACCCUGGAGGACCACGGUCUAACGCCACCUGGGGACACCAAACAUCGUGACACGUGGUCCAGCUUCCACUCAGUCCCCCCCCCCCACCCCCCGUCCUCUUCCUCUUCUUGCUGCCAAGCUUCCUAAGGAAAAAGGACCAAGACAGAGCCCAUCAGUGUCCUCACCGGGCUCCCACAGAAGCAAGGAACAGGGAGUAGGCAGAGAAGCAAGAGACCCCGCUCAGUUGAAGGGGAGCUCCACAUUUGCUCUGACUGAGGGUGUCUGAAGUUGGGAACAGCAAGCAAAAUGACCAACACUACAGAACAUGCCUUGCCGGCCAACUCGACAGCUGAGAGCCGUGAAAAGGAAUUUGGCCUCACAGUCAUGGAGCUCAGGAAGCUCAUGGAGCUGCGUUCGACCGAUGCUCUGAUCCAGAUCAAUGACCACCAUGGAGGUGUAAUGAAUCUCUGCAGUAAACUGAGAACCAACCCUGUGGAAGGUCUAUCCGGGAACCCAGCAGAUCUGGAAAAACGUAGACAAGUGUUUGGACACAACUUAAUCCCCCCGAAAAAGCCCAAGACCUUCUUAGAAUUAGUGUGGGAAGCCCUUCAAGAUGUCACCCUCAUCAUCCUGGAGAUCGCAGCCAUCAUCUCCCUGGUUCUGUCCUUCUAUCGUCCCCAUGGUGAAGAAAACGAACAGUGUGGCCUACCUAUCAAUAGCCCAGAGGACGAAGGGGAGGCAGAAGCCGGCUGGAUCGAGGGCGCAGCCAUUCUGUUCUCGGUGAUCAUCGUGGUGCUCGUGACGGCCUUCAAUGAUUGGAGCAAAGAGAAACAGUUCAGAGGGCUGCAGAACCGCAUUGAAAAGGAACAGAAAUUCUCCGUUAUUCGAAAUGGUCACAUCAUCCAGCUCCCCGUGGCUGAAAUCGUGGUGGGUGAUAUCGCCCAAAUCAAAUACGGUGACCUGCUGCCUGCAGAUGGGAUCCUGAUCCAGGGGAAUGAUCUCAAGAUUGACGAGAGCUCUCUGACUGGGGAAUCGGACCAUGUCAAGAAAUCCUUAGAAAGAGACCCCAUGUUGCUCUCAGGGACCCAUGUCAUGGAAGGUUCUGGCCGGAUGGUAGUGACUGCUGUGGGUGUCAACUCCCAGACUGGAAUCAUCUUUACCCUCUUGGGGGCCAGUGAGGAGGAAGAGGAGGAGAAGAAGAAGAAAGGUAAAAAACAAGGAGUCCCCGAAAAUCGCAACAAAGCAAAGGCUCAGGAUGGGGUGGCCCUGGAGAUCCAGCCACUCAACAGCCAGGAAGGCAUCGACAAUGAGGAGAAGGAGAAGAAGGUGGUCAAGCUGCCCAAGAAAGAGAAGUCGGUGCUGCAGGGCAAGCUGACGCGCUUGGCUGUCCAGAUCGGGAAAGCUGGUCUAAUCAUGUCUGCUGUCACCGUUCUCAUCCUGAUUCUGUACUUUGUGAUUGACAACUUCGUGAUACAGCGCAAGCCAUGGCUAGCCGAGUGCACCCCCAUCUACAUCCAGUACUUUGUCAAGUUCUUCAUCAUCGGUAUCACUGUCCUGGUGGUGGCUGUGCCGGAGGGGCUGCCACUGGCCGUCACCAUUUCAUUGGCCUACUCUGUGAAGAAAAUGAUGAAAGACAAUAACCUGGUGCGGCACCUGGAUGCCUGUGAGACCAUGGGCAAUGCCACCGCCAUUUGCUCUGACAAGACAGGCACGUUGACCAUGAACCGCAUGACGGUGGUACAAGCUUACAUUGGAAACACCCAUUACCGUCAGGUCCCAAGCCCUGAUGUCUUGGCGCCUAAGGUCCUGGACCUUCUUGUCAAUGGCAUUUCUAUCAACAGUGCCUACACCUCCAAGAUCCUGCCUCCGGAGAAGGAGGGGGGCCUGCCGCGGCAGGUGGGCAACAAGACGGAGUGCUCGCUGCUGGGCUUCGUCAUCGACCUGAAGCAGGACUACCAGGCCGUGCGCAGCGAGGUGCCCGAGGAGAAGUUCUACAAGGUGUACACCUUCAACUCGGCGCGCAAGUCCAUGAGCACGGUCAUCCAGAAGCCCGGCGGCGGCUACCGCAUGUACAGCAAGGGCGCCUCUGAGAUCAUUCUGCGCAAGUGUAAUCGCAUCCUGGACAAGAACGGAGAAGCAGUGCCAUUCAAGAGUACGGACCGCGAUGAGGUAGUGCACACUGUCAUCGAGCCCAUGGCCAGUGAGGGACUCCGGACCAUCUGCUUAGCUUAUCGAGACUUCAAUGACGUAGAGCCCCCGUGGGACCAUGAGAACGAAAUCCUCACUGAACUGACCUGCAUCGCAGUGGUGGGCAUCGAGGACCCUGUACGCCCAGAGGUCCCAGACGCUAUUUCCAAGUGCAGACGGGCUGGCAUUACUGUCAGAAUGGUGACAGGGGACAACGUCAACACAGCCCGGGCCAUUGCCACCAAAUGUGGCAUCAUCUCACCCGGGGACGACUUCCUGUGCCUGGAAGGGAAGGAGUUCAACCGACUCAUCCGCAACGAGAAGGGCGAGGUAGAGCAAGAAAAGCUGGACAAGAUCUGGCCUAAGCUUCGAGUCCUGGCGCGAUCUUCCCCGACGGACAAGCACACGCUGGUGAAAGGCAUCAUUGACAGCACGGUUGGGGAACAGCGACAGGUGGUGGCGGUCACAGGUGAUGGCACCAACGACGGGCCGGCUCUGAAGAAAGCGGACGUGGGUUUUGCGAUGGGUAUUGCAGGCACAGAUGUGGCAAAGGAGGCAUCAGACAUCAUCCUAACAGAUGACAACUUCACCAGCAUUGUGAAGGCAGUGAUGUGGGGACGAAACGUCUAUGACAGUAUCUCCAAGUUCUUGCAGUUCCAGCUCACUGUCAAUGUGGUGGCCGUGAUCGUGGCCUUCACCGGAGCCUGCAUCACUCAGGACUCCCCGUUGAAAGCUGUGCAGAUGCUGUGGGUGAAUCUAAUCAUGGACACGUUUGCCUCACUGGCCCUGGCCACAGAGCCCCCCACCGAUUCCUUGUUGAAGCGUCGCCCCUAUGGCCGAAAUAAGCCUCUGAUCUCACGGACCAUGAUGAAGAACAUCUUGGGCCACGCGGUCUAUCAGCUCACAAUCAUCUUCUUCCUUGUCUUUGCCGGUGAGAAGUUCUUUGACAUUGAUAGUGGGAGGAACGCGCCUCUACAUUCCCCGCCCAGCCAGCACUACACCAUUGUUUUCAACACUUUUGUGCUGAUGCAGCUCUUCAAUGAAAUCAACUCACGCAAGAUCCACGGAGAGAGGAAUGUCUUUGGAGGCAUCUUCCGUAAUCUCAUCUUUUGUUCUGUGGUUUUGGGCACAUUCAUCAGCCAGAUUAUCAUCGUGGAAUUUGGGGGUAAGCCUUUCAGCUGUACGAAGCUCAGCCUGUCCCAGUGGUUUUGGUGUCUCUUCAUUGGCAUCGGAGAACUGCUAUGGGGCCAGGUCAUCUCCACAAUCCCUACCCAAUCCCUGAAGUUCCUGAAGGAGGCCGGGCAUGGCACUGCCAAGGAGGAGAUCACCAGGGAUGCAGAGGGGCUGGACGAAAUUGACCACGCGGAGAUGGAGCUGCGCCGAGGCCAGAUCCUCUGGUUCCGGGGUCUGAACCGUAUCCAGACUCAGAUCGACGUAAUUAACACAUUCCAGACGGGAGCCAAUUUUAAGGGAGUCAUAAAGCGACCGACCAUGGGUCAACACCUUGAUGUAAAACAUGUUCCUAGCUCAUCCCAUGUAACAGUUCCACCAGUCAAAUCUUCCCCCAACACUUCUGUUCCUGAUGCUGUUCCAUCUCCUACUCUGGGCAAUCAAAGUGGUCAAAGCAUUCCAUAGUUCCCUCCAUGAAAGCAUCCAGACACCCAAGAACCAAAACUCCAUCCACAACUUCAUGACCCAUCCUGAAUUCGCCAUAGAUGAGGAGGGGCCACGAACACCACUCCUGGAUGAGCAAGCGGAGAAAAUUUUUGAAAAGGUUCCUAAGUCUGGGACUAGGGUGCUCCUGUUGGAUGGUGAGGUCACUCCAUCCGCCAACACAAACAACAAUGCCGUGGAUUGCAGCCAGGUGCAAAUUGUUCCCUCCUCCACUGACAGCCCUCUCCAUAGCCUGGAGACAUCAGUUUGAACUUCAUUCUCUGCCUCCCAUUCUUGCUUUUUCUAUUUCCUGUUCAUCUCUUCCAUCUAUGAGAUGAUGAUGGGACUUUUCGCUGUCAUGUCAGCUGCUCCCAAGUAUGUGUGAGCCCUGCCUGACCACGAAGAGGCAAGAGAACAUACAUAAGGAUUUCAACUUAAACUUGAGUUGGGGUUUGUAGCAGGACCUAGUCAAACCCCUGCUGGGUGGUGAACAGUAAAACCUACUCCUUGAGUGUAUCAGUUGUCAUUUUUAAAGAAAUGAUACGAUCUUCUUAGCAUUCAUUCCAACCGAAUUCUCCCCCAGUAUUCAUGCUUAUGUUGCCAUCUCCUGACUUCUGGAUUUUACCUUAUGAGUCUGUGUCAUUUAUAACCUCAGUUGAGGGUUCAGCAAGACAAAUAUUCUCAAAUGAAAUGUGUGGGAAGCCGGAAUGGAAUGUAUGGAAUUAGCCCAUAGAGUGAUUGUUUUUAAAAUUGUUUUCCCAUUUUGAAAGCUUAUACCUAAAGCCCUGUAGCUCUUUCUACCCUUCCAGUCAAACUUCUCCACUCUCUCUUAACUAUUGUCUUCCUUACCUACACUUUUUUUUUUAAGUUGUGAUGAUUAAGAAAGUGGAAAGGACCUGGCUGAAUUAAGUCAAAUUUGACCAUUCUUCCUUCUGGCCCCUAUGGAACCGUUGAUUUAGUUCUAGAGGCAGAUAGGUUUUCUUUGCUAACAGGGUCUUUUGAAGCAAUUGAAAGCUGGUAAAAAUGUGUUCUUGCUAUUAUUGGUUAUCUACUUCUACACUUGUCAGGUAUGUGUGGUGUCUACGUGCUAGGGAGAUCAACCUUGACCAUGAACUUUCACAUGUGUGGUAUUUGGUUUUUACCAUCACCCUGAGAUUUCUCGUAUUUCUAAAGUGGUGGUAAAUGAGUCUGUUGAGAUGGCCCUGUCUCCUAACUGAGCUUUGGUAUCGAGGACCAGGAGCUGGCAUGUCUAGGACCAGACAGACCAUGAAAGCCAACUCUUACGGAGUCCUGGGGUGGCCACUGCUGCUUUCAAAGCCAUCUGCCAAGGCUCUUCCAGGGCAGGACCUGGUUAUUGGGGGAGUGAGUGUUGAGAAGCCUUGGGAGAGGCCUAAGGGCCGUCUAGGAUCUGAGCUUGGGGUCCCAGCUUUGAUAUUCCCAUCAGUUGUCUAACUCUACUCUUUGCUGUGUUCCCUAACUUGUCCUGUCUCUGAAAAGGUCCCAACCUUCCUCAAAUACUUUGAUUUUGAAAAUAUGAAUCCAGAGUGGGAGGCUCCAGUGACAUUUUGCUGACUGAAAGGAGCAAAAGACCCACCCUGCAGAGCUCCCCUCCAUCCUCCCCACCUUCCCCUCUUGUGCCCCACCCAAGCCCCUCUCCAGAGCGUGUUCGCCUGCUGCACAAUCAAGCCCUGUGCCUUCUUUCCCUGAACACUGCCCAAAGCAUCCCCUCUCCCCUGCCUCUCAGGAGCUGGGGACUUCACUAGGAGACUCUCUAAGUGUCCCUUCAUGGGACAAGGUGGAGCCACAUUAGCAGCAGCUCCAUUUUUAUCUCCAAACAGGGGGUUCUCUCGUGUCUGUCAAUUCCCUCCUCCCGUUGGAUAGCUGGGGAAGCCUGCCCCUCUUUGCAGCGCCAUGGGAGAAGGGAGAAGGGCUUGAGGCUCUUGUGAACUGCCAGAUGUCCAUCCGUGAGAGGAAGGGCACCCGAACCUGUCUUCUCCAGCCUUUCCUUCUGGCUGCCACCCCGUCUCCCGCUUUCACCUGAGCUGGCCAAGGCAGGAAGAGGAAAGAAACACGCUCCCUACACAUCCCGUUAUUACAGAAUCAACCACGUUGGAUUUUGGUUUUGUAAAGGUGACCUGUGUCAGUGACCUUUUCUCUGUCUGUUACAUGGGGGAGGAAAGACAGCUCAUGCGAGGUCUUAGGUGUUCACAUGUCUAUUUAUUAAGUACAUUGGAAGAUUUCGUUCUGUCAAGUCUUUUAUUACCUCAGAUCAGUUUUUAAAAAAAAA